AUGUCUGAACAUUCAAAGUCCUGCUGUGAGACACCUGUCCCUGGGACAGUAGCAGCCUACCAAGAGAAAGGAGAGUGGAUUGAGAUUGAUGGUAGAAAGACAUAUAUCAGCGGCAGCAAAACUGCAACUCGUGCAGUGCUCUACGUCUUCGAUAUUUUUGGCUUUUCCCCACAAACACUCCGCGGCGCCGACAUUCUUGCCGACCGUCUCUCUGCAUCCAGCCCAGCUCUGGUCAUUGUACCUGACUGGUUCGAUGGAUUUGUAGCUCAAAAGGCAUGGGUCCCCCCGGUAACACCGGAGCAACAGGAAAAACUGGGCGGUUUCAUCCAGAAUAAAGCUUCCCCGGGACUGGUGGUACCCCGCGUUCUGGAACUAUCAAAAUCACUCAACAAGACCUUUCCCACUGUUGAGAAACUGGGAAUUUUCGGAUUUUGCUGGGGUGGUAAACUGGCUUCGCUUGCUUGCCAGGAUGAUAAGGAUAGCUUUGUGGUAGCUGUACAGACUUCGCCGGCAAGGAUUGAUCCAGAAGAGGCAAAGAAAGUGUCUGUGCCUAUGGCGUUGUUAUUGUCUGGCGACGAAGAUGUAGAAGUGGCUAGCCAGUAUGCAGCAAACUUGACUAAGGAUACGCUGACAGAGAGGUUUGAGGGUCAGAUCCAUGGAUUCAUGAGCGCACGUGGUGAUCUCGAGGAUGCAAAGGUAAAGGAAGCGUUUGAGCGGGGUUACGAGGUGGCCGGAGCAUUUUUUGACAAGCAUCUAUAA